GUUCGUGAUUUUCUCCAAAGUUUAAAAAAAAAUGCGAUUCGUCUCGAUUCGUCGCCAUUUUCACUAUUUCUCUAUGGUUGCCAUUAUCUCUUGCUGUUAUAUCAUGUUGUUACGAACGUCGUCGAAGAACGAUGCUGAAGACAUCCGCUAUCAGCCAGAGCAGCAACUAGUGGAUGUUAAAAAUGAAGCGCUUAUUGAGUUGAAAGAUGAAAUUCGCGUAUUGCCUUACUCAGCACCUGCUGUAGAAAUCCAGCAACCUAUACCAGAUGUCUCGUCAAAGAAAAUCGAUCGGAUUGAAAAUUUACCACCGAUGGGAGCACCGUCCACUCAUCCAAAUAGAACGCUCAACUGGCUCGAUUUGUGGUCCAAUGAUACGUUUUGCAAUCAGUUCACAGUUCAUCUUCUGGAAGAAAACAGCGUUCAACCUCGAGCUUUGGUGUCUUUCCCUGGAAGCGGAAACACUUGGUUGCGUAUGCUGUUGAUGGGCGUGACCGGACUGUACGUCGAUACCAUCUACCCGGGCGAUGAACUUUUCAUUUCUAAGGCUGGGAGCACGUACGAGUUGAACAAGGACUGCAAUUGUUCUUUGUUGCAGAAGACUCACGAUUUGUCGCUUUUCUCUGUGAUUUACAACAUGGCAAUUGCCAACAAGUCGACAGAGAAGCGGAUCCACCAGGAGAUUGACCAAUUUCGCGGAGAAGGAAUCCUCGUCAUUCGCAAUCCUUUUAAGGCUAUCUUAUCUUAUCGAAACUUUGCCUUUGGUGGAAACAUGGCCGGUCUAGCUCCAGUCGAAGCUUUUUCUCAAGGUCUUGAACCCGUGCGGAUCGGAGAGCGAAAAAUAUCCACGUGGGAUCAGUUCAUCAGCCGCAGCGUCGCUAGUUGGGAAAUGUUGGCAACCGUUUGGAUCAGAGGAUUGAAACGAGGUGGCGUCGUUUACUACGAAAAACUGCGUCGAGACACGGGCCCGCAGCUGUUGCGAAUGGCCGAAAUGCUAGGCAUUCCAAACGUGAAUAAAGAUCGACUAGAUUGCGUUCUUCGUCACAACCAGGACAACACAUUUAAACGGAGUGAAUCUGGCCCGAAGAAUUAUCCAAAGAAUCCAUUUACGGAGAGCCAACAUUUGCUGAUAUUGAAAUCCAUUCAAAGCGUCCAAAUGGCAUUGAAAGAACGAGGACUGGACCCUUUACCUGUCGAGAUGUAUGAUUUCUACACACCAAUGUACCAGUAUGGCCAUUGGAACGGCGACGCCCUGUGAUUGUAUUUUUUAGUUUUAUUUAGUGUGUUUUAUACAGUUCUUUCUCUGCAUUUUGAGCUUACCGAUGGAAGCGCUUCCUAAUCGACGAAUAAGCAAAUUUGUUGUUGACUAAAACAAUGUGAAAUUGUUGCUAGUUGUUGCGCAAUCCGCAAUUUUGAUAUGAUAUUCAAAUUUUACAUGUUGUGUUUUUU